ACACUCUAAUUUCCUUUCCUACUCUCCAGGAUCUGGUAAAAAAUAUACCAUAUUUCUCAGAAUACUUGGACAAGUUUUAUGAGCAAAUUGGUUCUUUAAAAAGUAGCACUAAAAUAAAAUAAAAAAUGGCAGUUGAAAGGGUGUAAAAUUCUGUUGUGCCAUAUAAACAUUAGGAUUGGUUUCUCUUUUAUUUUCUAAUUAUAAAAGUAGGUAAACUGCAAGGCCCUCAUCCACUUUCCAGUUGAGAAUUGUCAUUAAACUUACAGUAAACUCAAUCUCUGAUAAUCUUCUAAUAAAAAUUCAACACUAUUGCUAAAAUGUAUGCACAUACCCAGAGAUUAGAGAAUAGUUGAUAAACUUUGUGAUGUUAUAUAUGAAAAUAAUUAAAAUAGUUCUCAAAAUUAAAACUGAUUUGAAUAUUCUCGUGUUCCUGUUAUCAUUCACUUAAUAAAAAUAAAAUAUUUUCCUGGAUAUUUCAUGAAUCUUAAGGAUUCAUUGGCUUAAUGGAUUUAAUUUUAAUUUCAUUCUCCCAUAUUGGGUUGAUCAGAAAUCCACAUUUUUAUGGACAAAGGAAGAAAUUACACAUUUUUUAAAAAGUAAAUACCCAUGCAUCACUGAGAAGAUUGAAAUGAUAAAUGGCUUUACUGAAGAAUGUCAUAUAUUUAAAACAUGAAAUAGAGUUUUAUGAAAUAGAAAUAGCACUUUAUGAAAUAGCAUCCAUAGAGUCAUUUUUAGGAUAGAAAUAUCUGACAAAUAAUAGUUAUCAAGCUACCUUUCUUAAUCAGAAUUACAGUCACCUUUUAUUUUCAUAAGCCCAUCACCUUAGGGCAGAGGCAUUAGGUAUUUAAAGGAAUGUUUUAAAUGGAAACAUGCUUUGGUUCUUAAGGAGGUACAUUUAUUUCCAUUUGUCUCAUCUGAUUCAUGCAGUGUUAACCCUAGGCACUGGUGACUUCUUAGGAUUUCCAAGCUGCUCCUUUAUAGAUAUAGGUAACUGUGUUGCCACUUUCCUGAUGUAGUUUCUUGUUUCUUCCUAGAAAUGGGCUGAUUCAGGAGGUCAAUGAUUUGAGGUUGAAAGUUAAUGAAAUGGGCAGUGAAAGACUUCAGUAUGAAAAAAAGCUUGAAUCAACCAAAGAUGAAUUGGCAACUUCAAAAGAACAACUAGAAGAAAAGGAAUCUGAAGUAAAAAGACUACAAGAAAAAUUGGUUUGCAAGAUGAAAGGAGAAGGGAUUGAAAUUGUUGAUAGAGGUGCUACUGUGUUCCUGUCUGUGUUGUUCCAGAACAAUCUCUGUUCUAAGUCAAGGUGUAGAAGAAGCCCUUCCCUUAACUCUGCUAAGCUUUGUCAUGCAAUCUCAUGGUGUCUCCAUAAGACAUCUGAAUUGAGCCUUGAAACGGCUGCACAGUGUUCCAUGGAUGCUUAGACCACAAUUUACUUAGCCAACCCCUACUGAAGAACAUUAAAGUUGUUUCCUGUUUUUCAAAAGUAUAAACAAAGUGUGAGUACAUCUUUUCAAAUUUGCAUUAUCUCUUUGGGGUAAAGUCUGACAAGAACUGUUGCAGUGAAGAGUAUGUACAUCUUAUGUUUUGAUACUUUUUGUCAGAUAGCCCUUUUGAGAAGUUGUGUCAUUUUAUAUACCCACAGAAAAAGCACAAAAUGUAUAUUUCUCUGAAGCAUAUCAAUGUGUGAGUUUGAUCAAUUUUUAGAGGUCUUUGCUGGUCUGAUAGGUAAAAUCAUUUUGUUAUUUUUUAAUUUGCCUUCUGAAUAUUAGUGAAUUGAACAUUUUUCCAUAUGUUUGUUGACCAUUUCCAUUUGUGAUUUAUCUGUUUGUGACUUCUACCCAUUUUUCUCUAUUAGAUUUUUAAUUUUUCUUGGUUUAUAUAAGCUCUUUUAUUAUUGUGCGGAUAUUAGCCCUUUACCUUUGGACAGUAUUGUUAAUAUUUUCCACAGUUUGUCAUUGGUCUUUCAACUUUGUGUUUAAUUUUUUUUGCUACACAGAAGUUUUCAAUUGUACUCAACAUUAUUUAUCAUUAUUUUUCCCCUAUAUUAUUUUACUUUUGUGUUUAAAAGUGUUUACAUGUAAAUCUUUGGCCUAAUUUAUUUGGUACAAUGAGAUAAGCAUUUAAUAUUUUCUUGCUAGUUACUAUCCAAUCUUCCCAAUAUUUUUGAAAGCUCCCUCCUUUUCUUCAGGGAUGUGAAUGCCACUUUUUGUCACAUACUCAAGUGCCUACGUCUCUUCCAUUCUCCCACCCUGUGCAAUCCUGGGCCUCUACCUAGUGUCAGAGUGUGAGCCCCAGCCCAGUCCCUAGCUCAACAGCAGCCAGGGGAAUUGAGCAGUGUCUCAUAUGGUAUCUCCCUCCUCUUUACACCCACAUCUAUGUUAGAGGCUGUCAUUUUCUUAUGUGACCACAUCUCCUGUUGGGUUUGACUCAACUGGGACUCAAAGUUUUUCCCUGGGAUUUUUCUAAUUAAAAUAAAGUGUGACUGUCCCUCUCAAAGAGUAAAGCCGUAAGAUAAAAAAGGAGGAAAAAGGAAGUUGUGUUAUGGUUAGGUUUCCUUUCGGGUAGAGAAGAUUAUCUACAAUAAACAAGAAUGGGAGUAGCACAUAGAAAGAGGCAGAGAUUCCAAAUGGAGAAGAAGAGAGCCCUGGCAGCCGUCCAGUUCUUGGUUCCCAUAUGGGAGGCCCAGGAAGCAGUGGGGGAGGGUGGGAUGGCUGCAGCAUUGCAGCAGCACUUGGGGAACAAGACUGACUCACACAGUGACUAGAAUAUUCAUGGGCGGCUCCUUCGAAGCACAAAAAUAAAUGGGUAUUUAAAAGCAAAGUGGCAUACUGCCUAGGCAUUUACUCCCUGGACUGCAGCGCUGGGAUGAGGGCUUCUCCAUUCUGGCCAUUGCUUUAGGUGCUGCCAUGAUCUCCACUUGCAGCAGACCUGUCCCCUGCUCACAGCUUCAAGAUCUGCCUGGGUGAACAUUGAUCUCCAGCUGGAAUCAGAGGGGACGCCCAGAUUCUAGGGUCCCUCCCACCCCGACCCUGCUCUUGAUCUUGAUCAUUUCCCUCCCUGUUACUAGUUUAAGGAGCCAUUGCCUUUCCUUUGGGCAGUCACCCUAAAUACACUGAUUCUUCCCUCUUUAAACAAAUUGGGGCUGUGGCUUCUCUUCUAAGAGUGGCUAGUCGGCAAGUUUGAAUACAAACUUCUAAAUCCUCACAUUUUUUCUAGGGACAGCUUCCUUAAAUCCUUAUUCAAUCAUACCCUUCAAAAGUGAGUUAUAUUUAGGUUUCAAAGGUUAAAUGAAAGGAAACAAAAAAUUUAAUCUCUACCAAGACAUUCUGUUACAUAAAUUCUUGAGCAAGAAAAAAAAUUUUUUUAAUUGGGGAGACUUAACUGUCACUAUUGUUCAUCGUAUCAUUCUAAGAACCUCAGUGACACUUGUGCUGCUUCUGCUGGUGCUCUGCCGGUGGAGUUUGCUGCUGGUCUCUCCACCCACAGAACCUCUAUUGCUCCAGUACCCAGAGGUAGGUUACCCAUCCCUAGAGUCCUUUGAAUUCUGCCAUUAUUGCUGUUCCUGCUACUGUCUUUAAUCACCAAGCCCAACCUACCACCAAGUCUCAUGUGUACUGAUAUUGUAAGUCCUUGCUUUUGGAGAAGGAGCAGCCUGCCUAUCCUACCUCCUUCUUGGUAGGCCUAGGGCUGCCACAGAUGCUUGUGCAGCUUGGGCCCUGCACAAAGAUGCCUGUCUGAGGGACAGACAGAGGCUGAAAUUCAGUGCUCAACACAGGAGUCUCGGCAUCAAAGAGGGCAUGACUUUCUAAUUUGCACAAAGCUCCUGUAUGGGCUGGCAGCAGUCCUGGGGCAGGACUUGGAGGAACCAUAAGGCAGCCCAGAGUUUUAGCCUUUUGCUUUAGGAAAAUAGACCAGCCCUGUCACAGUAUUUACUGGGAAGGUUCAUUUUAGGUGUUUCACAUUUUAGGUGCCUGUGAGUUUCUUUCAAUCCUUUCUGAUGGGAAGCCUUUGGCCAUUCACUGACUGUACUUCAAACAAGUGUGAACAUUUACCUCUUCAUCCCUUUGGCUGAGAGGCACCUGUGUGGCUCUUCAUUAGCCCUCUUUCUUGUCUUUCCAAAAGCUUAAGAAUUUGUUUGUAAAUAGGAUAGCCCACACCCUGAAAAAGAAGAAGAGAACAUCUACAGAAUUGUCAACUCAAUACCCUUCCAGCCCCUUCUCUUAGGAACUGUCACUCCUCUUCCAUUUCUCCCUCUUCUUUAUACCCACAUCUAUGUUAGACGGCUGUCAUUUUCUUAUAUGACCACAUCUCCUGUUGGAUUCGACUCAACUGGGACUCAAAGUUUUUCUCUGGGAUUUUUCUGAUUAAAAUGAAGAGUGACUCUACCUCUCAAAGAGUAAAGAUGUAAGAUAAAAAAAGGGAGAAAAAGGAAGUUGUGUAUGGUUAGGUUUCCUUGCUAGUAGAGAAAGUUGAUCUACACUGAACAACAAUGAGAGCAGCACAUAGAAAGAGGCAGAGAUUCCAAAUGGAGAAGAAGAGAGCUCUGGCAGCCGUCCAGUUCUUGGUUCCCAUAGUUCCAUGAGGCCCAGUUGGAUUCCAACUUUCCCCAUCAUUUGGUUACUCACCUCCUUCUUGGAUUUUUCUGAACCAGCAACCCCCACACCCUAUCCCAUUUCUUUAGGCUAAUUCAAACUGUGUUUCUGUCACUUUGCAACCAAGAGCUCCACUUUCUACAAAGGCAAAUCAAGUACCAUAGGGAUGUUUUGCUUUCCUAGUUAGACUCCACUGGGCCUGAUUAUAAGGGUUAUUUCACAUAGGUAAAACCCACAGGUCUGUUGGGUCAUCUGUCACUCGGAUUGCUAAAUAGGGUUUAUUACCUGCUAAAGUUUUACUGUAAAGGGAAUAGUUAAGGAAAUGGGUCCAGCGGGAUUUUCUGGUUCACAAUAAUGUUAAUUUCCUGAGAAAACCACUUGAUCUCAGACAAGGAAUUUUCUUUUUCUAGAAACAAGGCAUUUGCUUUUUCUUGAGAAUUGUUUUAUUUUGUUUUGUUUUUAAACAACAAAGUGCUAUUGUAUAGUAGGCAUUCUUGAGAUGACUUCCUUUCUAUACAUAUAUAUGAGCAGGUUAAAUAGGGACAUAAGCAGAAUAAGCAGUAUUCAAAAUGUACAUGUAUGAAGCUCAGUUUGAAGAAUCUCUGCUGAGAUUUUGCCCAUGUUUUCACACUCUUAUUAUAAAUCUAUUUUUCAUGCUUGCAUUAAUGACAUUUAUUCAGUGAUCAUUCAUUGAUAUCCAGUUUGCAAAAACUCUAUGGAAGCAACAGAAUUGAGCAAAAGAGUUCCUUACCACGGGGUGUUUAUAACCCUAUCUUGAGACACACUUGUUAAAAAAUUAAUACAAGGCCAAUUGAAAUGAAUGCUGUGACAGAGAAUGCAGGAUUCUGGGAGCAUUAAGAAAGGAGAGACUAAUCCCAGCUGGGGUGGUACAUAACUGGCUCUCCAUGUGGCAGAUUCACAUUAACCAAGCUCUGAGAAAUUAUCUACAAAUCUGCAAUGCCAGGUUAUCAUUUUUCAAUGACAACUGUUUUUGACAAGGGUCUAGACACUUCUUUGGUUGUACAUGAGCUUACUGCAGCACCUUUAAACUGAUACCUGACACUUCCCCACAUGAGAUUCCAUUUUAUGAUGAAUCUUUCUCAAAAUACUUCAUAAUUACAAUGCUUACAGAUGUCAUAAGGCAGAAAGAAAGGCAGUGAGUGGUUUAAUGGAUAUAGUCCAAGGACAAAUUUCUUACUAAAAAUGAACAAGGAUUGGUAAGCCUUUUCUACAAAGGGCCAGAUAGUGAAUAUUUUCAGUUUUGCAGGCUAUAAGAUUUGUCCCAACUACUCAGCCAUGCUGUUUUAGAUCAAAAGCAGCCACAGGCAAUACAGAAAUUAUGAGCAUAAUUGUGUCCCAAUAAAACUUUAUUUAAAAAAACAGGCAGAUAGCUUCAUUUGGUUUGAAGCCCAUAGUUUGCUGAUCUCUGACUUAAAAGAGAGGGGUUAGGAACAUUUAAUAAAAAGAUCCUGCUAGCACCUGUGCAUUGCAGCGAGAGCUAACGGUGAAAAAGACACAAUCUAAAGUCCAGUAUAGUGCAGGAAAUCAAUAAGAAAAUAACCACAAUAUGAGGCAAAAAGGAGUAAGUGCCUUAAGUGAGGAACAGAUACCUCUAACUUAGAAAAGCCAGAAGGGGCCAGGCGCAGUGACUCAUGCCAGUAAUCCCAGCACUGUGGAAGUCCGAGGUGGGUAGAUCACAUGAAGCCAGGAAU